AAGCUACAAGGAGGAGCAGAGGCAAUUUAUUUAACUAAAUCUUUUUGUAUUGUCUCAAGGGUGUAUGAAUAUUAUUUGACGAGUUAUCACACGUAUUUAUUCAGUUUUGCAUGUUGAUGCGCAGCUCUCAAAAUGUUGAUUAAAGUUAAGACACUUACUGGAAAAGAAAUAGAGAUCGAUAUUGAACCCACAGACAAGGUGGAGAGGAUCAAAGAAAGGGUGGAGGAAAAGGAAGGGAUUCCGCCUCAGCAACAAAGACUCAUCUACAGUGGAAAACAAAUGAAUGAUGAGAAAACAGCUGCUGACUACAAGAUCCAGGGAGGGUCUGUACUGCAUUUAGUCUUAGCACUCAGAGGAGGGGAGGUCAGUCAUCACCCUAGCGUUCAUCCCCUGCUUAUAUAAUCUUGCCAGCCAUGGGAUUGUCACUCACCCGUCACAUUGCCACGCAGAGCGUGUUGUUGCCAAAUGGCUUUGGUGCUGAAAGCAACACCUCAUGAAACAAAUGGACUUUCUGCUUUAAAAAUCUCCUUGUGUAGAUUAUGUUAUGGUCACAAUGAGAAGUUUUGUUUGAUUUGAGGUAAUGUACAGUGUUUUGGUUGUGUACAGUGUUUAGAGCACUGGUUAUUUUGCCUGUGAAUAAACAUUGAUUGUCUGAAGGACAA